UAUUUAUACAUAUAUUUUGACCAUAUAUGUUAUUUUCAUACGAGAUACCUUCACUUCGUUAAAUUUUCUGUCAGUAUCCCAUUUUACCCCGAAUACGCUGUUUUGCACCCAAAUCCCUUAUAAACUCUAAACAGUAAAAAAUUUCAAAACUGAAGAUUGAACAAGAUGUCUUAAGCUCCGAAAUGCUUGUUUGUAAUUUUUCUAUAACCACAGAGUUCUAUUCAUAAACAGCAACAAAUUUAAAAAUCGACCGUCUACUAAAUUUCCAUGUAUUACUUUUUCUAAAUUACCUAUUUAAAAUACAGUUAGAACAUACCACAGUCUCAAAAGUGAUUUAACUGAACGUAUCACUGUCUUAAUUUUACUUAAUGCUCAUUAGUUUACUUAGCCUUUGAAGAAUUCCAAGAGAGCAUAAAAAGUCAAAGUCAAAGUGAAUAAUUUGAGAGUGAUGAGUUACUAUAUACCCGCUUUUUUCUGCUACCUUACUUCUGGUUCUUAAUUUAUACAACUCAGUAAUCUUAACAAAGACAAAACAGUAAGGAAUAAAAAAGUAAAAGUAGAAAAACCUUUGAAGACCUUUUUUUUUUUUAUUCCUAUUAUGAUUUCGAGGGUUUGCUUACUUUUUCUCAGCUCUUCAAUUACACUCUUCAAUAACCAGCAUUACAGUAACUUUCGCUUACAAGACUAUUUAUGCAUGUCGAUCCCCACUACCGUCAUCUCAAUUAUUUAUCAUUGCACCGAGACCGGCUAUGAAUGUGAAGAGGGGAUCAAAACGACUACACGGCUGCUGAGAUGAUUAAACAUAAAUUGAGUGGGCUCUUUGAUUUGUCAGUCGGCUUCGUGACUGAGGCGUUAAACAACCGUAUAAUCAGUAGUCUAGUUGUUGAAACCGUGGUUGUUGAUAUAAGUGACAGAAAUUAUUAGUAGAAUCAAGUGCUGUGAUAAAUUAACUCUCAAUUGGUGGUAAGCUCUGAUAUUGCAUUGUAUAGAAAUAUAACUUUCAAUCAAUCGAAGUAAGUAAACAAUGGAAUAACUGUUUUGGGAAACAAUGAGUGAGCGUAUUGUUACGGAUUCCUCUAAUGGCACCGAUCCAAGACCGUCUGUUGAUCAAGACCUCAAUCUGCUAGAUGACAGUGAUAUAGCUAUAAUAAUUUCACGUAAAACAGGUGGAUCAGCAGACUCGGUGAUCAAUUGGCGACUUGAACCAAUAACAAGCACUUGUGGAUUCAUGGGUUCGUAUUAUCAACUGAUCGUCACAGUGAGCAAUAAUAACGCCAAUCAAAAUGAUAACAGUCCGUCUGAUUCAACGGUAUUACAUUUUUUUGCAAAAACACCUCCGCCUAAAGGACCCCAACGUGAGUUUACGCAACGAACAGGACUAUUCAACAAAGAGAUUGUUAUGUAUGAUGAAAUUGUCCCGAGGAUGGGUAGUGGUUGUGAAGCCAAGUGGUCCCCUGAUUGUUACCUCUGCAAACGAGAUGUCAUUAUCGUGAUGGAGGACCUCAAGUACCAAAAUUACACAACACUCGACAAAUACGUAGCAUUUGAUUACGAGGUCCUUGAAUGUCUUUUCGAAACCUUUGCGCGAUUUCACUCACGAUCAUUUAUUCUUGAAGAGCGACUACGUGUUCAAGGUAAAACACUGCGUGAUAUUUGGCCAGAUCAACUACGAGAAGGACUUUUCAGUAAUAAUGAAAGAUCAAUGCUCUAUCAGAAAUCCUCGCUAAUGGGAAUUGACUGUUUGGUCAACGCCAUUGAUUGUCUUACAGACAAUCAGAAAGAGAUUACAAUGAGCAAAAUCACUAGAUGGUGGGAAUGCCUUCUAACGGCAUUAGAACCUUCCCGUAAAUACCGUAAUGUAAUUUGUCACCGAGACGUUUGGUCAGCUAACUUCAUGUUUCUGACAAAUGAACUUGGUAAACCUAUCAAUUGCCGAUUGAUUGACUUUCAGUACUACAGCUAUCUAAAUCCGGCUAUGGAUUUGAUCCUGUCACUUUACAUGAUCACUAAUCGUAACGUUCGUGACAAAUAUUUUGAUAUUCUUGUACAACAUUAUUACAAUUGUCUAAAACAGUGUUUAUAUAAUGAGAGUUUUGAUGUUGAUAAAAUUCUACCAUGGGACGACUUCAAACAAUCUUGCCAAGAUGCACGACCUUGGGGACUCAUUUAUAUAAUAUUUAACCAGCAGGUCACGCUUUUAGAUGAUGACGCUUGUGAAAAAUACUUUGCACGUUCACCUCAACUACUCGAGCACGUUCUUUAUGGAACAGCUCGAACUGAACUUGUUUCAAUGCAAUUUCAAAAUAAUCAGUUGUACCGUGAAAAAUUUACGGAAAACAUUUUUGAAAUUUUCCAACUUUUGCCUGACCAAGUACCAGUUUAGUUUUGUUCUGUUCAUGUUUUUCUAAGGGGACAAAAUGAGACGCCAUUUUUUAAGACAGAGGAAUUUUUUUUAGCAAAAAAAAAUGCUUAGUAACAUUUUGCAAAAAAAAUGGAGCAAGUCAGCCUGAAUAGUACGAUCAUUUUAGAUUUUUUUCCAAGUGUUUGUGAUCUGAAUUAUUAAAAUUUAAACUGAAAAAAUCAUGAGGUAAAAUUGUGAAAAAAGUUACGGAAUAUUUUCAAGUAAAAUUAAAAACAUUGUGGAUAUUUUGUAUGUCCUCAUAUAAUUUUAGUCUUAUCUUUCUGAUCUGAAUCUACUGAUAAGCUCUUGUGACAUUUGCAACACGAUAUAUUCAUAAAAUCUCUCGCAUGUCUGCAAGUAAUUCUCGAUGAAAGUUAAAUAACUUUUAUAAUAAUUUACUUAUUCCAUUAUUGCAAACUCUGAUAUUGAGAUAAAAUAAGUUUAUGUCCAUGGUGAAAACUUUAAUUUCAGUGAAAAAAAAUUUAUUGCAUAGUUUAGAUUACAGUUCAGAUUUUGUGGCCCACAGUGUCAUUGUUCAUAUUACCCCUUGGUACGGCUUAAAAUUUUGUGUGGCCCAUUUUGCCCCUUAACUUCACAAAAUAUGUUAUUUAUGAUGCUGCACAUGUAAAAUUCUGAGAAUAUCAGAAAAAUCUUAUGUUCCAUUGUAUGUUUGAAUUAAUAAAAUUGUAAUCUAG